AUGGCGACGCUAUUCGAGCUGUCAGCCGACGACUUAUAUGCCCUCGUCAAGAAAAUCCGACCCGAAGCAUCGGCGGAUAUUGACCCCAAGGAUGCGGCUUCAUUGCAAUCAAAGGUGACCGAAUGGCUGUUGCUAAAUCGCUAUUCAACCCUUCAUAAAUUCGCCAAAACCGAGAACGAUGACUGGGACGUGAAUAAAGAUCUCGAUUGUGAUAGCUGCAAGAAUUUCAAGGAUAAACAUAAAAUUCAACCAAAAGUGGUGGUCUCCCAGCCAACAGCUCAGGGCGAAUUUUUGACCUUUGAUGUAAAGGGCGGCGAGCCGUUACCAACUUCUCCAAAGCCACCGGAGUCACUUGCCAGCGAGAGAAGCUGCACGACGAAAGCUCGUGAAUGCGCCGCUGUUUGCUGCCGCCCUACCAAUAAGGCUUUUACCCUGCUGACAGCUUGUCUUCGGCGAAAGGCC